UGUCAUGAUGAUUGCAUUCAAAGUAAAGGCUCUAAUUUGCCAGGUGAAGAUCAGUCAUUUAAGAAGACAUCUACUGUUUGCAACAACGAAUCACAGAUGCAGACACACAAAGAGUAAUUCAAAUAAACUACUCAGUUACAGGCCACCUGAUUGGGCAAGCCACCUUCAAAUGAUUCCAUUAUUGAAAGUUAAGCUUUUUCAGCCAUUUACACCUAUUCAUAAAUGGAGUCUUCCAGAUAUACCAGAUGAUAUUGAUAUUUAUAUCAAGCGAGAUGACAUGACUGGAUCUGUUUUAUCAGGUAACAAGGUACGAAAACUGGAGUUCUUACUAGGUGAAGCCUUAGCAACUGGUUGCCAAGCAGUGAUAACAUGUGGUGGAGUUCAGUCAAACCAUUGUCGCACAACAGCAGUUGCAGCUAAACAACUUGGUAUUGAAACUCAUCUUCUACUCAGGGCCAGGUCAGAGAACCUUUCUGAGACUGGUUGUCAUGGGAACAUGUUACUGAACAGUUUGAUGGGUGCAUCCAUGUACUUGGUUCCCAUAAAAGCUCAAGAGAAGACCGACCUUGAGCCAAGAAUGCAGCGGCUUGCCGACAGACUGCAAGAGGAAAAGGGUAUUAAAGCAUAUUCGAUCCCUAUUGGCGGAUCCAAUGUUGUUGGUCUCCAUGGUUACUUGUGUGGCUGGCAAGAACUCUUAGAACAGGGAGUGACUGACAGGUUUGAUGAUGUCAUACUAACUGUAGGCAGUGGUGGAACAGCAGCUGGUGUUGCUAUUGGGAACUUCCUUACUGGAUCCCAUCUCAGGGUGCAUGCCUUUGCUGUGUGUGUAAUUAACAAUUAUGUUAAUGUCAUGAUGAUUGCAUUCAAAGUAAAGGCUCUAAUUUGCCAGGUGAAGAUCAAUCAUUUAAAAGGACAUCUACUGCUUGCAACAACAAAUCGCAGAUGCAGACACACAAAGAGUAAUUCAAAUAAACUACUCAGUUACAGGCCACCUGAUUGGGCAGGCCACCUUCAAAUGAUUCCAUUAGUGAAAGUUAAGCUUUUUCAGCCAUUUACACCUAUUCAUAAAUGGAGUCUUCCAAAUAUACCAGAUGAUAUUGAUAUUUAUAUCAAGCGAGAUGACAUGACUGGAUCUGUUUUAUCAGGUAACAAGAACCUUUCUGAGACUGGUUGUCAUGGCAACAUGUUACUGAACAGUUUGAUGGGUGCAUCCAUGUACUUGGUUCCCAUAAAAGCUCAAGAGAAGACUGACCUUGAGCCAAGAAUGCAGCAGCUUGCCGACAGACUGCAGUAA